CAUGGUGGCAUACAACAGAGCGCAGCGGCGGCGGACCUAUCCCCACUUUUAGUGCCAUUAAGAUGUUGAUAUAAUGCAUGUUAUCAGUGAGUGUAUUCGGGUCUACCUCUCACGAUGGACGCCAGGUUGCUGUUGACGGGAUAACAGUUAGCGUACUUUGUUUUGUUUGUUUGCUGGAUCCUGUAAUGUAAUUUAUUUUGCGUCGCUAGCAGAACGCUGAAGAGACAAGGAAUGGCUUUGAAGAGCGUUGGCUUGAAUAAAGGGACCUUUUUUAUUUUGCAUUAAGAAAAUAACUCUAAAGAGAAGAGAGUGAGCCGUGCUUUUAAAAUAACUUUUCCUCUCGGUGGGACUGGUGUUGGGCGACAGACACACGGCCGCCCCGAGGAGGCUGCUCGGCUGUCUGGCUCCGGUCGUGGCCUCUCCGUGGCACUCCCAGCUUAUCCGCUAGCAUCGGACCACAGGCGACAAGAACACAGCGAGGCAGCAAAGGGAGAGGAGAGGAGAGGAGAGGGGGGGGGAGACUUCUUUUGUUUGUAUCCGUGGCGCUGGAUAUUUAUAAACAUUUUAUUUAGGACAAGGAAUUCAAGUAUCCUGCAGACGGCGUCUUCCCAAAACAAUGGCGUCUUACGUGGAUAACAGCUUUCGGCAGGCUGUGAUGAUGAGUCCGGCUGAAAGGACGCAACAGGACCUGGAGAUCGUCUACUCGUAUCUCCACGGGAUGGAGGCCUUGUCCAACCUGCGGGAGCACCAGCUGAGGAUAAUGUGCGAGAUGGUGCGUUAUGAGAGACAUGAGGCCAAUGAAGUGCUGUACUACCCUGACGAUAUCGGAAGCUGCUGGUACAUCCUGUUGUCCGGCUCCGUCUUCAUCAAGGAGUCCAUGUUCCUGCCCAGAAGCAGUUUUGGGAAGCGAUCAGCAGGCAGCCUGCGGCGUGGAUGUGAGUGCAUCGUCCUGGAACCCUCAGAGAUGAUUGUGGUGGACUAUAUGGAUGAAAAUGAGGAGUACUUUCAGCGGCAAGCCUCUCACAGACAGUCCCGUCGGCGCUUUCGGAAGAUCAACCAGAAAGGGGAGAGACAGACGAUCAUCGACACCGUGGAUCCGUACCCCACCGGGAAGCCGCCCAUAGACCGGGGAUACCACACGGAAUGCAAUAAACCUCAGCUCCCCGCAGACUUCAGCAGACUUCACCUGGCCGACGGCUUGCACCCACAGGUGACCCACGUCUCCUCCAGCCACUCAGGAUGUAGUAUCACCAGCGACUCUGGAAGCAGCAGCCUGUCAGACAUUUAUCAGGCCACAGAAAACGAACCAGGUGACAUGGACCUGAGCGGCUUGCCAGAGACCGCCGUCGACUCCGAGGAGGACGACGAUGAGGAGGACAUCGAGCGAGCGUCCGACCCCCUCAUGAGCCGGGACAUCGUGCGGGACUGCCUGGAGAAGGACCCCAUGGACAGAACCGAUGAUGACAUAGAGCAAUUACUGGAGUUCAUGCAUCAACUGCCAGCGUUUGCCAACAUGACCAUGUCAGUGAGGAGGGAACUCUGCGCCGUCAUGGUUUUCGCUGUGGUCGAACGUGCCGGCACCAUCGUUCUCAACGAUGGAGAGGAGCUGGACUCGUGGUCGGUGAUCCUGAACGGUUCGGUGGAGGUGACGUACCCUGAGGGCCGGGCAGAGAUCCUGUGCAUGGGGAACAGUUUUGGGGUGUCACCAACCAUGGAGAAGGAAUACAUGAAGGGCGUGAUGAAGACGAAGGUGGACGACUGUCAGUUUGUGUGCAUAGCCCAGCAGGACUACUGCUGCAUCCUCAACCAGGUGGAGAAGAACAUGCAGAAGGUCGAGGAGGAAGGCGAGAUCGUUAUGGUGAAGGAACACCGCGAACUGGACCGCACCGGCACCAGGAAAGGACACAUCGUCAUCAAGGGCACACCGGAGCGCCUCACCAUGCACCUGGUGGAGGAACACUCAGUGGUGGACCCCACCUACAUCGAGGACUUCCUGUUGACCUACAGGACCUUCCUCUCCAGCCCCAUGGUCGUGGGCAAGAAGCUCCUGGAGUGGUUCCACGACCCCAGUCUCAGGGACAAGGUUACACGGGUAGUCUUGCUGUGGGUAAACAAUCACUUCAACGACUUUGAAGGCGACACUGCCAUGACUCACUUUCUGGAAGAGUUUGAAAACAAUCUGGAAAAAGAAAAAAUGUGUGGGCACCUCAGACUGUUAAACAUAGCGUGUGCUGCUAAAGCCAAGCCGCGGCUGGUGACGCUGACCAAGCCGUCCAGGGACUCCCCACUGGCCUUCAGCCUCCUCGGAGGGCAAGAGAAAGGUUUCCGCAUCUUUCUUGAUGCCGUGGAGCCUGGGAGCAAGGCAGCAGAAGUCGGCCUUAAGCGUGGAGAUCAGAUCUUGGAGGUCAAUGGGCAGAACUUUGAGAAUGUCCAGCUCAUCAAAGCCAACGAGAUUCUGAAGAACAACACCCACUUGUCCAUAACUGUGAAAACAAACCUUUUAGUGUUUAAAGAGCUGCUAACCAGGCCAGAGCAUGACCACGAUGUGGAUGGCGAGGAGGAGCAUGACAGGAAGAACGGUGCGCCCCACCUUCCAAAGAUCGGAGACAUCAAGAAGGCGAGCCGCUACUCCAUCCCCGACCUGGCGGUGGACGUGGAGCAGGUGAUGGGCCUGGAGAAGGUCAGCAAGAAAGCAAAGAGCAACUCGGUGGGAGGACGCAACAAGCUGAAGAAGAUCUUCGACAAGACACUCACCAGCAUCCUGCCGCCUAAACCAUACAAUGACGUUUGCGUGGGCCAAUCGCAGGACGACAGCAUCGUGGGGAUGAAGCAGUCCAAACAGAUCGUUCCAGCGCUGCCCGUCAGCGGAAACCUCUCAUCGUCAAACCCAGACCUUCUGCAGUCUCACCACCGCAUCCUCGACUUCAACAACCAGCCUGAUAUGUCGGACCAGGUAUUACGAGUCUUCAAAGCAGACCAGCAGUCUCGGUACAUCAUGAUCGGGAAGGACACAACGGCUAAGGAGGUGGUGGCCCAGGCUAUCAGGGAGUUUGCCCUGACGGCAGCACCAGAGGCUUAUUCUCUGUGUGAGGUAUCCGUCACACCGGAGGGCGUCAUCAAGCAGAGGCGGUUACCAGACCAGCUGUCCAAACUAGCUGACAGGAUUCAACUGAGCGGCAGGUACUACCUAAAGAGCAACAUGGAGACCGAGACGUUAUGUUCGGAUGACGAUGCUCAGGACCUCCUGCGAGAGGGCCAGAUCUCUUUGAUACCGCUCAGCACAGUGGAGGUUGCCACUCAGCUCUCCAUGCGGGCCUUCGAACUUUUCUGCGCCAUCGAGCCCACCGAAUACAUCGACGACCUAUACAAGCUGCGCUCCAAGACGGGCUCGGCCAGCCUGAAGCGCUUCGAAGAGGCCAUCAACCACGAGACCUUCUGGGUGGCGUCGGAGGUGACGCAGGAGCCCAACCAGAUCAAACGCAUGAAGACAGUCAAGCACUUCAUCAAGAUCGCCCUGCACUGCCGCGAGUGCAAGAACUUUAACUCCAUGUUCGCCAUCAUCAGCGGUCUGAACCUGGCUCCAGUAUCCAGACUGAGGGGAACAUGGGAGAAGCUACCCAGCAAGUACGAGAAGCUGUUCGGGGACCUGCAGGACCUCUUCGACCCCUCCAGAAAUAUGGCCAAGUACAGGAAUGUCCUCAACAAUCAGAACCUCCAGCCACCGAUCAUCCCGCUGUUCCCCGUCAUCAAGAAGGACCUCACCUUCCUCCAUGAAGGCAAUGACUCUAAAGUGGACGGCCUGGUGAACUUUGAGAAGCUGAGGAUGAUUGCCAAAGAAAUUCGCCACGUUGGCCGCAUGGCCUCCGUCAACAUGGACCCGGCCCUCAUGUUCCGGACCCGGAAGAAGAAAUGGAGAAGUUUAGGGUCCCUCAGCCAGGGUAGUGCCAAUGCGGCAGUGCUCGACGUCACGCAGACAGGCGGGCACAAGAAGAGGGUGCGACGCAGCUCCUUCCUUAACGCCAAAAAGCUUUACGAGGACGCCCAGAUGGCCAGGAAGGUCAAACAGUACCUGUCCAACCUCAUCCUGGAAACGAACGAGGAGAGUCUGCAGACGCUCUCGAUGCAGUGUGAACCCUCCAUCAGCACAUUGCCCAAGAAUUCCGGUGGGAAACGACCAGACACCUCCCCAGUCGUGUCCAGAGCGGCCAGCCAACAGAGGGGCCAGUUGGCCAAAGGAAACCAGGCCCUCCAGGUCCCCGCUGUGGCCCUUUACCCAUCCCGAAAGAAAGUGCCAGUCAAGGAUCUGCCACCUUUUGGCACCAGUUCCCCUCAUUCUCUGAAGAAGAUCCUGUCUCUGUCAGAGGAGGGGAACGAAAGGCACCGCCGGCAGCCAGAGGACACUGUGUCAAACGCCUCCUCCCAGCUCUCCUCCCCUCCCACCUCCCCGCAGAGCUCACCCAAGAAGGGUUACAACAGGAUGGGAGACGCCUACUCGGACUCCGGUCACAGUGAGAUCUCCUCCCGCUCCAGCCUCGUCAGUAACUCCUCUUUCGACAUGGCCCAGGACGAGAGGAGGCUCCGUCACUCUGGGGGAGUCGGGGAAUCGCACAUCGGGGGACAGCGGCUGGAGCGAAGAGCCAACACCGACCCCGACCAGUACAGCCUCGGGUCGUAUUCAUCGAUGCAGGACUGUCGGGGCAUCUACACCGGCUGCCCUACAGUGCUCUCCUCACCCAGUUCAGAGGAGCUGACUCAGGAUCAGGGCGAUCGUGUUUCCCUCGAUGCUGCAGACAGCGGCCGUGGCUCCUGGACUUCCUGCUCCUCUGGUUCCCACGACAACAUCCAGACCAUGCAGCAGGGGCGCAGCUGGGAGACUCUGGCUUUUGGUGGAGGGGGAGGCGGCGUCGGGGGGCUCCUGCCCAGCGGACAGGAGGCCUUAUUGGGGGGACAUGCUGCACUGUGGGCAGCCCAGGCCAGGGGCAGCUGGGCGUCGGCCAGCUCCUCCUCAUCCUCGGCUGCGUACUGGGGAGAGGACUCCGAGGGAGACACCGGCACCAUCAAGAGGAGAGGAGGGAAGGACGUCAACGCCGACCCAGAAACAAGUAGCAUCACAUCCACCGGGUCAGAGGAGGCCAAGCACCUCGGCCGACCCUCCCCAUCUCCCAUCACCACUGGGGGAAAAGGCAUCCUUUCGCGGAAAGAAAGCCGCUACCGUGAGCCUCCCCCGACUCCCCCCGGCUACACUGCCCUGACCAUCUCCGACCUCGCUGAAGGGCAGCACCCGGCCCCGCCUGUUCCCACGACCGUGGCCGGCCACACAGGCCGCCGGCCGCCAGACUACACCACGGCUCUGCAGCGCUCGCGCAUGGUCACCCAGUCGCCCGACUCCCACAGGCCCAGCGGGCGGGCGGCCUCCACCGCACGCGCUCACCGGCCGAGGAGCAAGAGGCCGAGGAGGAAGAGGAGGAGGAUGAACAGGUGUCAGCGGUCUGAGGGACAACAGUGGACGUCCUUUUGCAGUAACUUGAAGUCCCCCUGGUUUUGGGGUGUGCAGGAUUAAAGAUACUGACCAAUGGACUCAUCAUCAGUUACGUACGUGCCUGCCUCCUCCACUUGGCUCUCCUUCCUGAUUGGUGGAUUCCUCUGCUCAUCUCCCUCCCCUGCCUUAAAGCAUCAUAGGGGGUUGAAUGACCCUGCAUGCAAAACAAUACUGUGAAGAAGAGAUGGAGAGAAGGUAAAAGACGGUAACAAAAUGCCUGGCACUUUGGGGAUAAAAAGACUACAGAAACCUAACUGGUGCCGGGGGGGGGGGUCGAGCUGGCCACAUACACACAGAACCACAUAGAUGUUGCUGUUAGAGAUGGGAGCGGCCCCCACCCACUGAUUUAAAAACCCCAAACCCACAACAGCAUCAUGACGUGUUGAGCUCCAUCUGCACUUUCUCAUUUUCUACUUUCUGAAAAAAAGUAAAUGGAACAAAUCAAAACAGACUAUCGUUUGAAGACGGAGAGAAAUAACGGUCGACUUGACUCUUACAUUUUCAACUUCCCACUAGAUUUCAUUUCUUUUAUUAUUAUUAUUUUUUUUGUGUUGUUGUUCUCUGACUGAUUGCACUCUGUGGGCCAAAAGAGAGAAACCAAGUCAGCCCCUUUCUCUGCCUGGACUGAAACAAACCCAUCUGUCGUCGAGUGUUUCGAACUCUGAAUCCAGUAUUAUCUCAUGUUUCACAUGUGAGAGCUUUUCAAGUGUUGGUUCAAAUCAAAGCGAGGAGGAGAGCCUGGUAGGGAGAACCAACAUGCACAGUGUACUGACAUACCUACAUGCACACGCACACACACACACACACACAAACACACAAAAAGUACAUUUUAUGUACCAGUACAUACACUCGAAAACAUAAUUCAUUUCUGAAAAAUAGCACUUUCAGCACAAUCCUAGAUGUUACCAGACAUUUGGCCUGGAUACCAGGGUAUGAGUGAACCAUAUCUUACUGUCAUCCCACCUCGGAGCUCGCCUGGUUAUAUCGAAGUCUUUUCUUCAUUCUGUUGCUUGCUGUUACGACGGGAGACUAAUAUUUUGUUACUGGCCUGUAGGUGAUAUCAAAAAGCACAGAGGUGAUUGACCGCCCGCUGACACCUGUUGGACUCCCAUCGUGUUGGUCUCUGCAGUGCAUCAGAGGUACACGAGCUAACUAAAGCUAAGCUGCAGUUGCAGUUGAGAAAAAUUGAACCCUCGAGGCUUUUUUUGCCCAAAUUUAAAGCUAAUGUCUGG